CUGUGUUAACCAAUUGCAUUGAUAGUUGGCAAGACAAUGGCUACAAAUGGUUUAUUAAUUACUGAAAGAAACGUGGUGAGCGAUGAUGCAGCUGUCCGUAAUCUUCAGGAAUAUCUACGAAUAAAAAGCGUUCAUCCGAAUGUAAAUUAUGAGGAAUGUCUGGUAUAUCUAAGAGGUCAAGCCGCACAGCUGGGUCUACCGGUCCAAGUUUUUGAGGUGGUCCCCAAUAAACCUAUACUGGUAAUGACUUGGGAAGGCCAGGAACCAGCCCUUCCGAGCAUUCUUCUCAACUCGCAUAUGGACGUUGUACCUGUGUUCGAAAAAAGUUGGACAUUCCCACCAUUCGAAGCUCGCAUAGUUGAAGGAAUGAUUUACGGCCGCGGUGUGCAGGACAUGAAGUCUGUUGCUGUGCAGUACUUGGAGUCAAUAAAACGGCUCAAAAACAAAGGCAUUACUUUUAAGCGCACAAUACACUUGAGUUUCGUUCCAGAUGAAGAAGUCGGGGGAGGAGAAGGUAUGGCGCAAUUUGUCAAGUCCGAACAUUAUACAAAAUUAAACAUCGGGUUUGCGUUAGACGAGGGUCUUGCUAGCCCCACAGAUCAUUACGUUGUAUACAAUGGAGAAAGGAGUAUUUGGCAUGUAAGAGUAAUUUGCCCCGGGAUGUCCGGUCACGGCUCUCUACUGUUGCCUGACAAUUGUGGUGAAAAGAUGCGAUUCAUCAUAGACAAGUUCAUGGACCUUCGUCAAGAGUCUAAAAAGAAAUUGGAAGAAAAUCCUCAAUUAACGAUCGGCGACGUAACAUCCAUCAAUCUAACAAUGCUUAAGGGUGGCAUCCAAGAAAACGUGAUUCCUGAGAAACUAACCGUUAGUUUCGAUUUACGUUUAGCCUUGUCUGUCGAUUUCGUGGAGUUUGAAAAUAUGAUUAAGAAUUGGUGUACGGAAGCUGGAGCAAACGUAACCUAUGAGUUCGUUCAAAAGGAUGAUUUUGUCUUACCAACUCCUACUGAUUCCUCCAAUGGCUACUGGAUGGCUUUUAAGACCGCUAUUAACCAAUUAGAUAUUCCAUUGGACCUUCGAACAUUCCCUGGUGGCACUGACUCUCGUUUCAUCCGUAAGACAGGCGUCCCUGCCUUAGGAUUUUCGCCAAUGCGACGUACACCACCAGGUCUUCAUGAACAUAAUGAAAGUCUACAACUAUCUGUGUUCUUAGAAGGCAUUAAAACAUAUGAAGCUGUCAUUCCUGCUAUUGCUAAUGUGUAAUUAAGUUAUUCGUUUUACUAGGAACGCGAUGUACAAAAAUACAUACCUACCUUUACCUUUCGUGACCAAGUGUGGGCUAACUUUCACUUUUAAUUUUAUAUUUCAAUAACGUAUCCCGCCUGUCGCAGUUAUUUCUUGGAUUUCAGCGUAGUCGUAUAGAAAUAUUGUUACACUUUAUCUAAAUUAAAUUGUAAUUUUCAAUAGAAGUAAUCGACAAUAAAAUAUCAUUGUUUUAUCUCUACAAAAUAAGACAGUUUUUAUUUAUAUUUUAUUGUUACAAUUAAAAUAAAAUAUUAAAUUGUAGUACAUAUUAUUAAUGUCCUGAAGGAACACACACAUUUACUACAUUAAUAGAACAAAACGGUCAAGAGAAGUUUUUAAUAAAAUCUGAUUAACAGCAUUUUUCAAAGACACCAAUAGCAUAGCCAUAAAGUACCUACUCACGUUUUUUUUAAAAUACAUUUUUGAUAUUAUAUUUGAUAUUAUUUUAAAAACAAAGCCAAAA